AUGCGGCUCAAAAGAGCAGGCUUCUGUCAAGUUUUGCCCCGACUCAUCCUGGAGACGCGCUUAAGUGGACAUGGCGGCGAAGCUGCUCCGGCCUUUGCAUCUCAUCCCGAAGUCAGCUGGAAUCCAGCACACCGAGGCUACUGCGUGCAGGGUGCUAUCGAGUCGGUGGCCUCGGUGCAACUGCUGUCUAUUUUCAUUCAUGUGAUGGUGUGGCCAUACGUGGGAGUUCAAGAAGAUUGCGGUUGCCUGCGCAAUUGGCUUGCAGGGAAGGACGGACGGACGCCUGAAGGGAAGCAAGCAGGCGCGAAAUCUGAUCUCCUUUGCAUGAAAGAAUUCCAGACCGACCGCUACACUGUGAAGCUGGUUUUCAUCCCGAUCAACAACAUCAUUGCCUGCGUCCCAGACAGAAAGGGUUGGCAGCGAUUUCGCUUUGAAAGCUUGGCUCGCAUACUGAAUUGGACUUGCCAGGACCUCUGGAAAGACAUGACAUGGAAUGAAGUGGACAAACUGACAGGUAACGUACAGGGCGAGUGGAACGAGUGGAACGACUGGAACAGCGGAACAAGCGCAACGGUCGGAGCACCUUCGCCGCGCACGGCAGCAUCUUGGCGGAGGAUGGAUCCGGGUGCCGGAAGGUUCUGGCCGCACGUGCCAGGCUAUGAGUCGGAUGACGAUAAUGGCCAUGAAGACUCCGAGGCCCAUAUCGCUGCUCAAGCUCGGGAAAGUCUUCGCGAAGUUGUCAAACACUUGGGUUCCGAGUGGGAGGAGCUGGGAGUCCUCCACUUCAAAGCGCCGCAGGCGAAGCUCAAGAAGGAGUCCAUCAAUAAAAUCUGCUCCUCCUUGCUUACGCCAUCCUUCCGAAUUGAGCACACGGAGGCUCCUGUCGUUAGAGAUACCCUCCUGACCAACGGCAUGACGCAGACAACUGGCCGGGACUGGCUCGUCCAAUGGUCCGGCCCGGGCCUCCGCGACUCUGCCUACCAGGACAUGAACGAAUUCCAGCGCGUCAACCAUUUUCCUGGGUCCACCGAGCUGACUCGCAAGGACCGCUUGUGGAUGAAUUUUAGAGACAUGGCACAAACAUUCGGUGAUGCUUUCGACUUCGUACCGGAGACUUUUGUGCUUCCUGGCCAGAUGCAGGAGUUCUUGGACUGCUACCAAAAGAAGGGCGGUCUGUGGAUCGUGAAGCCGAAUGCAUCUUCCAGAGGUCGUGGAAUCUUUGUCUUGCGUGAUGUGGCAGAUCUCCCAGUGGAUGAGAUGCUCUGCCCUCGGUGUUUGCCAAGUGUUUUGCAGCACCCGGUAAGCGACAGCAGCGUGCAGGCGGCCUUGAUUCUCGAGAGCAAGUCUGCCAUGCUGCGUAUUUGGGCACCUGUUGCGCUAGUCCUGGGCUUUGCCGGCAUUGGCCACAUCGCGGUGGCGCUGUCCUUUCUCGGAAACCCCUUCCGAAGCCCAGGCUCGCCGUCUGCGCCCACACCGGUGGCCAAGGACGAUCCAGGCAGUGUCCAGGAGUUUGCAUCAGCAGAUCGGCAAGAACUUCUAGCCGAGAUGGAGAGGCAGUGGGCCGUUCUGCACGACCGUCUGCAGGCUGGCAUUUACCCUGCCGUCAUCAACGAUCCGUAUUUCACCAUAGACAUUCAAGGGCUUCUCCGUAGAUAUCUCGUGGCCGCGCAGUUCGACGCCAAGGAAGCUAUCGUGCGGUUGGAGGCCACUGCCAUUUGGCGUCGCGAUUGGAACGUCCUUGACUACUACAGGACAGGUGCUGCUGCAGAGCUUUUCUCCGAAAGCACAAACCCUGGUGCAGAGAUGUAUUUUGCAGACUCCCUGAUGGAGGACCGGGACGGCCGCCCGUACGCCGCUGGUCGCCUGCGCUUCGCCAACGCGGAGAACAUGCAUCCGUGGCAUCACCUGCGAGCAGGAGUCUUCGUUUUCGAGCUUAUGGCGGCCAAGGUUGCGAAGAAGGGCCGUGGCCCUGGCGCCUACAUCUUGGACAUCGGAAGUAUAGGACGAGCUGGGAAUGUCAGCGGAACGGCCGGGCUGGAGAAAACCUACAACGAG